AUGGACGUCAAUCGUAAGCGAAUGGUACGUAUGGCGUCCGCACAAAGGAGUGAGAUGCUCGUUCGACUUAGUGGCAAAGCCAAACGAUGGACUGUGGGGGGAGGGGGAGAAGUUGAAACACAUACAUUCCAUACAUUCUGCGCCGGUCAGAAAUCAUACAAAUCUGUGGUAAGAAGACAGCGUCCCCGAAUUGCUAGGCGUGAUAGUCGGCCGUCUCACCCCAUUGCCAACCGCGGAAUGAACAUGCUUGUUCACGACUUGGGCUUCUCUCAUCGAGCCUGUGACCGGUGCCAUGGCCAAAAGUUGCGUUGUCGACGAGAGAACAAUAGCGACACAUGUGUGCGCUGUGCCCGGGCCGGCGUGCGGUGCACUCCCCGGCCCAUGAGACUGCGGUCUCGAGCCCAAUCCACCAAGAACACUCAGCAGCAGCAGUCGCAAUCCCCUGCCAAUGGUGGUAGUACACAACAGCUUCAUGUCAAUCAAGAACAGGGCCCGAAUGAUACCAACGACGAGCACUCAGACCACUUUGAGUAUCUGCCGACGAGCUUGCUGGAUAUGCCGACCGACUUGAAUAUGGGGAUGGAUCCCUCCUCGUUACAGGUCGAUAUCCACCCUGCGCUGACGGCUCCCUAUGGGCCCGAAGGCAGUGUCCAUACGAGUCAACCGUCAGGCCCUCAAGCACCGUCGCAUCUGAGGACCGCUGAACAGGCGGGACAGACCCGCUGGAGUGACGCUCCCAAUCUCGACACGUCUGACGAGUUGUACGACUUCUCACUACCUGCUACGAUGCGCUCCUCCUUCCCCGCGACCUACCACAGACACCGCGCAUCGCUGGCUAGAAACAUGUCUCCGCAGCCGGCACACCAGCAAGGUCGAGAUGACAUGAUGGUGGACUUUGAUCAAGCAGAAGGCAAUCCGAGAGGGUCCGACGGCAAAGACUCACGGGCAGACUCGGGCUAUGGGAACGAACUAUCUCCAUCCGAUCUACUGCGGUCACCUUACGGGGACGCACCCGACUCAGACUCCGAGCUGCAGCCGCGGGGCAAUUCGCAAGACCAGGGAGAGCAGUCGAAUUCAAUUCUGGACACGCGUCACCAAAACAUGACUUCCUGGAUUCGCCGCCUGUCGGACACCAAUGUGCAGCUUCAUCAACACAUGCAGUCAAUACCGCUUGUCGGUACCGGGAAGAAGACGCGGGGGAGCGGUGCCGGCACCUCUCUGAGCCCUAUGGAACUUCCCGUGGAUUCCACGUUCAAAUUAUCCAGUCAAUACACAGGUCUCUUGACGAGCAUCUGUGCUCGACUCCAGGCGUGCCGAUCAUGCAAUGAUUCCCAGGCGCUAGCCCAACUUGCAUUGGAUCAGCCGUCCCAGCUGCUUGUUCUGUCGAGCUACAUGUGCCUCCUUGCAUCCUACGACAGGAUCUUACAGCACAUCGAGGCCUGGCUCAAAGUGCGGCUGAAGAUGGGGGUCAGAGGGAGCGCGAUGACGCUGGAUGACGACGAGAGCAGCUCCUGCUUCCCGACCCAGUUGCCCAGUCUGGCGGUGGGCUCCUUUGAGGUACCCAAGACCUCCUCGAUCCAGUCCCUCGUGCUGACGUGUAUCAUGGAGACCAACGUCAUGCACAUGCAUUCCCUGAUUAGCGAGAUCAUGAGGCCUGUGUCUCAUCCGGCCACUGGAUCAGCCUCGAAGACAGCCGCGUCUGGCCCUCCAGCCGCCGAGAAGCGCCCCGGGAAUGGGGCGGCCGAUGCUGGUGAUGGGCUUUCUACCGUAGCAAAGGUGACCUUGCAGGCGAUUGAGGCCAAUGAGGAUUCUACUCUACGGCUUGUACAUACUGUUUCAAGAUUAGCUCUGCAGCGUGUUAUGCUCUGA